AUGGAAGAUGCCCCAAAUUCAAGUCAUUAUGACUUGGUAGUCAAAUGUUUUGGAGAGCAGAAUCAUGGCCAUAUGACUUGUUUUGGAGGUGCUGUGAAGCCUAAAGACUUGAAGGUUGGUAGCUCAAAAGAUGGUGAGUUAGAUUCUAGGUUGCGUCGAUCUGAAGAAGAGAAGGUUGCUAUGCGAAAGCGCAUUGAGGAGCUUGAGGCUGCAGAGAGAGAGAGAGAGAGAACGGAACAAGUUAAAGCUCAAGUGGUAGCAAUGUUGGGUGUGCGAUCGUCAAAGAAAAGAAGAUCAACUUAG